GGUAUUCUUAGCUAAUUAUGUGGGCAUGUGUUUGGCUCAUGUUUACAUAAAUAAAUUGUGUUUACAUAUUGAGCUGGACUUAGGUGAUUAGGUCAUACAUCAACCAUGACCCGGUACAAUAAACAUUAAAGUGUCAAAAUUAUUCAAAGUUUAUUUAUUGAUUUAGCAUAAAUUAUAAACGUGGCUAUUAUUAGAAGAGCUCAUUUAACAUAAACAAGAAGAUAAAAAUAGAAUACUAAAAACUAACAAUAUAAAAAAAAAAACAAAGCAGUCCGUGGAAUGUCAAAUCCACCUGAUGUAUAAAAUGACAGAACAAUUUUUAAUUUCUUUAGAUUUACAAUUAUUAGAUAAGAUUGUGUCAUUAUGGUUUACCAUAAGUUUAAUUUUCAUAUGUUACACAUACAUGAUCAAACAAUCCUAUGAUCAACAAGGUCGACAGCAAAAUAAUAAUUAAUAAACUCUCUUAGCAAUCGUCAGUCGUCACGAAUAAAAUUCAACAUAGAAUUGACCUAUUACUUACACGAACGCCGCUAUCGUCAGAUAAGUGUCUUAAAUUGUAAUCAGAAAAAAUUGCCAUUCUAUGUAAAUUGAAAGAGUGUGGGGGUCACCCGUUGCAAUACCAAAUCCGUUAUCAAUUGCUUUAAAAAACACUCAAGUGUUCUUACCACAAAAUUAAGAUAUUAAAAAAAAAUAUCAACUCAGUAGAUAGACUUUUUUGAUUCUAUCUUAUUAAAUCAAGAAAAAUAAUAAACUGCAAAAUAAUGGCUGAAACAAUACCAGAAAUAAAUACUGUAAAAAACCUGAGUCUUGAUGCAUUUAAAAAAAAAUUUGGUGAAGAUGCAACAAUCUGUGUUUGUGCACCAGGUAGAGUCAAUCUUAUUGGUGAACAUACUGACUAUAAUGAAGGAUUUGUUUUGCCAAUGGCUCUUUCAAUGGUCACAAUUAUUGCAGCAAAGCCCACAGAAUCAUUUCAAUGCUCAAUUAUAUCAAUGAGUGAAUCAUUAGCAUCAACAAGUAAAGCUGAAUUUACAAUUGAAAAACGUGAAUUAAUAAAACCAGGCGAACCAAAAUGGGCAAAUUAUAUGAAAGGUGUAAUUGCAAAUUUUCCAUUUGAAAUACCAUCAGGUUUUAAUGCUGUUGUCAUGUCAUCAGUGCCAAUGGGUGCUGGUUUAAGUAGCUCAGCAGCACUUGAAGUUGCAACUUAUACACUUCUUGAAGUAUUGACAAAUAAUUAUGCUAAAGAUUUAAAAGAGAAAGCAAUGAUUUGUCAAAAAGCUGAGCAUGAUUUUGCUGGUGUACCAUGUGGUAUUAUGGAUCAAUUUAUUUCUGUUAUGGGAAAAGAUAAAAAUGCUCUUUUACUUGAUUGUCGUGAUUUAUCUGUUGUUCAUGUACCUAUGGAUAAAAUAGAUGACAAUUGUUUUCUUAUAACAAAUUCAAAUUCACCUCAUAAAUUAUCAAGCUCAGCAUAUUGCGAGAGGAGAGAUACAUGCUAUGAAGCUGCAAAAAAAUUAAAUAAAAAAAGUUUAAGAGAGGUAAACAUCCAGGAUCUUGAACAUUUGAAAAGUUUGGGAGCUUCGGAUGUCAUGUUGAAACGUGUUCAACAUGUGGUCAAAGAAAUUUUGAGAACACAAGAAGCAGUUGAAGUAUUAAAGUUGGGAAAUUAUAAAAAAUUUGGUGAAUUAAUGAAUCAAAGUCAUGAUUCAUUGAGAGACGAUUAUGAGGUUUCAUCACCAGAGCUUGAUACUCUUGUUGAUUGUGCAAGAAGUGUUGAAGGUGUUUUUGGCAGUCGAUUAACUGGUGCUGGUUUUGGGGGUUGCACGAUAACUCUUCUCAAAGAGAAUGCAAUACCCCAGGUGAUUGAAAAAAUCAAGAAAACGUAUAAAGGAAAUGCUACUUUUUACAUUGCAAAACCAGCUUCUGGUGCUCGAAAACUUGAUUUUUAAACUUGAAACGAAUAUGAUGAUAAUUAUUUUUAUAACAUUUUUGUAGUUGAUGAAAUAAUUGAUCGUAAUUUCGUAAAAGACAAGAUAUGGAACAACAAACUUGACCUUCUAAAUGGGCCAUUAUAUGCAAUGUUCAUGUGAUAUUAUUGGAAAAUAAAAAUAUUUUAUAAAUUA